GACGCGGUAGAGAGUGGACGUGUUUUUUCAUUGUCUCUCUCUUUCUCUCUUUUUACCAUCGUCGUAUUUUUCAGUCUCUCUCGAGAGAAUUAAUAAACGAACUUACAAACGUUACGACGACGACAACAGACAUUUAAUCAUUCGUUAAUAAAACCUAGUGUAAGUGUACGUUGAUAUUUUUUCCUAUUAAUGUGUUCUACUUGUAUCUGACGAAUGAAAAAAGAAGAGACAAAUAAAAUAACUUAUCGCAUUCCUGGAAUUACUCGACAACGUUGUUCUUCGUUUUAGUGAAAAUAGUUGUUUUAUCGCCGUGAUAACAAGUUAGAUAAAGAUAACGAACUAUCGAAUAAACGAGAGUGCGAGAAUAAUAGAAAGAAAAAGAAAAAUAAAUCAACGAAUAAAAAAUAUCGAAAGAAAAAAAAGAUAAUUGUGUUUCCAUCAAAUUCCAAUGGUUCGUACGUUGCACUAACGUAAAUAAAUAUUUUUGCUGAUCUUACGAAUUAACUGUAAGCUAAUAUAAAAAGAAGAAGAAGAAGAAGAAGGAAUAAAAACGAAAAAUAAACCUAUCAAUUUAUCAGUUUUCGUAUCUCGUCAUUUAAACGAACUUUCACAUACAUAAAUUAUUUUAAAGAUUAAGUUCUACAAAUUUAUUUGAUUUUAUUAUUAAAUUAAAUACGAAGUAAUUGCAUUUACUUUCAUUAGUUAAUUUUUGAAUUAAAAACAUUGAAUUUUCUUCUUUCAAUCUUUUAUCAGAUACGAUAAUCUUUUUGUACUUAUGGUUGUGUGAUAUCUUUUUCCUUAAUUUAUCGAGUCAGUGAAAGUGAAAUAAAUAAAUAAAAAGAACGCAUUUUGUUUAAAUAUUAGCAGAGAAAAACGUUUCGUUCGAUCGUUCGUUCGUUUCGUAGUGCUGUGACAAAAAGAAGAAAUUGUGUGAUAUAUCUCGUGUUAGCCAAGCAACCAAGUAAUCAACCAAUCAACCAGCUAAAACCAACCAGUUAUAGCUAGUUGCAUCUCUUCUAUCUCUGUUCUACAUAGUCGAUACAGUUGCCGGAUAAAUUGUUCGAAUCCCCCCCGAUGCUAUCAAGUUACCAACAGCAACAGGAACAGCAACAACUGCAUCAGCGAGUUACACUCUUCUGAGAUAACCUCAUCCACCUUCGUUUACGAAGGACCUUCCAGGAACAAUCGCUGAACGAACUCGAAUUACUGGGACGAGUGAUCGAACGAGUAGAUAAGUACCGAUUGAAGGUACAGAAAAAGGACAAAGGGUUCUGACUGACAAAAGGUGUUCUGCGGCACGCGAUGCGAUUGUGCAGUUCCAACGAUAAGAGCGGAGCGUUGCCUGAGACGGAGAUAGAAAGUGGCUGCUGUGGAAGUAAAAACAAGUGGUGCCUUGGCGAGAUGAGGUUGAUGCAAAGGGUAGCGAUCAGUGGACUUUUGUCCGUAAUACUGAUCGUUCUCUUGACUGGAACGUUUGUCACCAGACGUGACCUAACCACUGUCGUUGAAAGAGGUGUUGCACCGGAGGAACGUGCGGAACAAGUAAAUCCAGCUUGGAUCCAGGACAAUGCUGUACCUGGUGGUGGUGGUGGCGGCGGCGGAGGUGGCGGUGGUGGUGGUGGCGGAGGUGAUGAUGGUGAUGGUAGUGUUGGUAUAUUUGGAAAUGUUGUUGGUGCUGCUAAUGCUGUUGCUGGACCAGGUUUACCUCGGGAAGAGAAUAGAAUCGAAGAUAAACAAGAUCGACGAACCUUCAACCUCGUUAGGACGGUUCAUAGGCCUUCCGAAGUUACGGUUGCCGUAGCACCACCACCCGCACCACUUCCAGGUCCUUACGUUGUUAAACCACCAAAUCCACCUUUGGACGAUGUCACUCAUCAACGUCGUGAGAAAAUCAAAGAGAUGAUGAAGCACGGUUGGGACAAUUACGUGAGGUACGCCUGGGGGAAAAACGAGCUAAGGCCGAUCACGAAGAAGGGCCACAGCGCCAGUAUCUUCGGCACGUCCACGAUGGGUGCGACCAUAGUCGAUGGUCUGGAUACCCUUUACAUCAUGGGUUUGCACGAUGAGUUCAAGCAAGGCAGGGAUUGGAUUGCCGAGAACCUGGAUUUCGAUAUUAACUCAGAGAUAUCGUUAUUCGAGACGAACAUUCGUUUUAUGGGAAGUCUUUUGGCCUGUUACGCUCUCACGGGAGACGUAAUGUUCCGGGAUAAGGCAGCCCAGCUCGGUGAACGGAUGUUACCAGCCUUCCAAACGGAUACCGGAAUUCCUCAUUCCCUCAUCAACCUCCACACCGGUGCCAGCAAAAAUUAUGGUUGGGCAAGUAGCGGAUGCAGCAUUUUGUCGGAGAUCGGAACGAUGCAUUUGGAAUUCACUUACCUGAGUGACAUUACCGGGAAUCCCAUCUUCAAGACCAAAGUCGAGAACGUGAGGAAGGUGCUGAAAAACCUCGAAAAGCCAAAGGGUCUCUAUCCAAAUUACAUUCAUCCGAGAACUGGAAAAUGGGGUCAACAUCAUAUGUCGCUAGGAGGAUUAGGUGAUAGUUUUUACGAGUAUCUUUUAAAAGCUUGGAUCCAAUCAGGAAAAGCCGAUACUGAAGCUCGUGAAAUGUACGACGAGGCAAUCGAUGCUAUAAGCGAACACAUGAUCAAGACGUCACCCGGUAAAUUACUUUAUGUAUCGGAUUUGAAAUAUGACAGACCUGAACACAAAAUGGGUCACUUGGCUUGUUUCGCCGGUGGCAUGUUCGCAUUGGGAGCAAAAACGUUACAGAACGACGAGUCGGAUAAGUACAUGAACAUAGCCGCAGGCUUGACCAACACCUGUCACGAAUCCUACGACAGAAGUGUAACGAAACUUGGUCCAGAAGCUUUUCAUUUUAUCGAAGGAAACGAGGCAAGGAGUUUGAAGACAGGCGAAAAAUAUUAUAUUCUACGACCUGAGACAUUCGAAUCAUAUUUCGUUAUGUGGCGAUUGACAAAAGAUCCAAAAUAUCGUGAAUGGGGCUGGGAAGCCGUUCAAGCAUUAGAAAAACAUUGUCGAGUCCCGGGAGGAUUCACAGGACUUCACAAUGUUUACUUAGCCAACUCUCCCAAAGAUGACGUUCAACAGAGUUACUUCUUCGCUGAAACGUUAAAGUACCUCUACCUUUUAUUCAGCGACGACGAUCUCAUUAAUCUAAACGAUUGGGUGUUCAAUUCGGAAGCUCACGUACUUCCCAUAAGAGGAAAUCCUCUCUAUCGGCCAUCUCCCCCCUUAUAAACUCGGAUCUCGACUCAUUCAACAAAGAUGACGAACCGAUCAAAAUGAAUCUGCAAUAAAAUAUAAAAUGCAAGAGGAAAAAAUGAAAGAGAAAGGGAGAUAAGAAACUCGUCUUUCUGCUUUCGAAAUGAAAAUGUUCAUGUGAUCGGUCAUAGUUCUA